UCCAUCUCCCUCUUCGAGCGUCUAAGUCGUCUGUCUUUUGGGCUGUCGGCCGUGGAGCUUCCAUGGUCGGGAAAGCUCCCAACGACCACGUUGCUGUUCGACGAUUUGCAAACUAUCAGCCUUCUCCCGUAUUGGGCAUUGAACGUGGGAUGUGCAUCAAAGCAUCAGCUCAAAGUGAUGAUGUUAUUGUGAGGCAAUCUGCAAAUUAUAAUCCUCCGAUGUGGGAGGAUGAAUUUAUUCAAUCUUUAGACAAUGAAUUCAGGAGAGAAACAUAUCAAAGCCGAUUCAACCAACUGAAAGGAGAAGUUAAGACACUGCUCGGAGAAAGAGGAGAGCCUUUGGAGCAAUUAGAGCUCAUUGACGUUUUACAAAGACUUGGAAUAUCAUACCACUUUGAGAGUGAAAUUAAAGAUAUAUUAGAAACAAUAAACAAAAAGUCCUAUGAAGACGACGGGAAGAAGAAUAGCCUCCACGCAACAUCUCUUAAAUUUAGACUUCUAAGACAACAUCACUUUGAUAUUUCUGAAGAGGUUUUCAAUGCAUUCAGAGAUGAGACGGGAAAUUUCAAAGUAUGCCUUUCUGAAGAUACAAGUGGAAUAUUAUCUUUAUAUGAAGCUUCAUUCUUAUCAACAGAAGGUGAAAGCAUUUUAGAGGCAGCAAAAUGCUUUGCAAUCAACAAUCUUAAGGAAUACAUCGAAACAAGCGAAGAUGAUCUCAAAGUAGAGAUUGUAAGGAAUGCCUUGAAACUUCCCUUGCAUUGGAAGAUACAAAGAUUGGAGGCAAGGUGGUUCAUUGAUAUAUAUGAGAGAAAAACAAGCAUGAAUCCUGUUCUUCUCGAAAUUGCUAAGCUUGAUUUUAACAUGCUACAAUAUAUCUACCAAGAAGAUCUUAAAUAUGUGUCGAGUUGGUGGAGAAAAUCGGAGCUAGGAAAAAAGUUGAGCUUUGCAAGAGAUCAGUUGAUGGAAAACUUCUUUUGGACAAUAGGUAUGGGAUACGAACCCGAUCUUGAAUAUUUUAGGAGAAUGGGUACGAAACUUGUGGCAUUGAUAACAAUGAUCGAUGAUGUUUACGAUGUCUAUGGCACAUUGGAUGAACUGGAACUCUUUACAAACGCUAUAGAGAAGUGGGAUAUUGCUGCAAUGGACCAACUUCCUGAAUAUAUGAAACAAUGUUUUCUUACUCUCUACAAUUCGAUAGAUGAGAUUGCUUCUGACGCACUAAGCAAUCAUGGAGUUGAUGUCAUGCCAUACCUCAAGAAAGUGUGGUUAGAUUUAUGCAAAUCUUAUCUGCUCGAGUCAAACUGGUAUCACAGUGGUUACAGACCAACAAUGCAAGAAUAUAUCGAUAAUGCGUGGAUUUCAGUAGCAGGACCAAUUAUGUUAGUGCAUUCAUAUGUUUUUGUAUCACCUCAAAUAACAAAGGUUGAGUUAGAGAGAUUGACAGAAUAUCCCGACAUAAUUCGUUGGUCGUCAACAAUCAUGCGACUUGCAAAUGACCUCCUGACUCCGUUGAAGGAACAAAAUAUUGGUGAUGUUCCAAAAUCGAUUCAGUGUUAUGUGAAUGAGACAGAUGCUUCAGAGAGAAAUGCUCGAGAGUAUAUACGACAUUUAAUAGAUGAGUUAUGGAAGAAGUUAAAUGAAUUUGAAGAUGACAAACUUGUAUCCUCUCAAACAUUCAUGAAGAUGCCCAAAGAUCUUGCUCGAAUAGCUCAAUGUAUGUAUCAAUAUGAAGAUGGACAUAUCAUAAAUCACAACAAAACAAAGGAACGUAUAUUGUCUAUUCUAGUUCAGCCGGUUAUGAUUUGUAAUUAUAACCGAAAUAUUAGUUUUUACGAAUGGACAGAGGUUUUCAAUACAUUCAAAGAUGACACGAGAAAUUUCAAAACAUACCUUUCUCAAGAUACAAGUGGAAUAUUAUCUUUAUAUGAAGCUUCUUUCUUAUCAACCGAAGGAGAAAGUAUUUUAGAGGCAGCAAAAUGCUUUGCAAUCAACCAUCUUAAGAAAUACAUCAAAACAAGCAAAAAAGAACCCAAAGUAGAGAUAGUAAGGAAUGCCUUGAAGCUUCCCUUGCAUUGGAAGGUACAAAGAUUGGAGGCAAGGUGGUUCAUAGAUAUAUAUGAGAGAAAAGAAAGCGUGAAUCCUGCUCUUCUCGAAAUUGUUAAGCUUGAUUUUAACAUGCUACAAUAUAUCUAUCAAGAAGAUCUUAAAUAUGUGUCGCGUUGGUGGAAAAAAACGGAGCUCGGAAAAAAGUUGAGCUUUGCAAGAGAUCAGUUGAUGGAAAACUUCUUUUGGACAAUAGGUAUGGGAUACGAACCCGAUCUUGAAUAUUUUAGGAGAAUGGGUACGAAACUUGUGGCAUUGAUAACAAUGAUCGAUGAUGUUUACGAUGUCUAUGGCACAUUGGAUGAACUGGAACUCUUUACAAACGCUAUAGAGAAGUGGGAUAUUGCUGCAAUGGACCAACUUCCUGAAUAUAUGAAACAAUGUUUUCUUACUCUCUACAAUUCGAUAGAUGAGAUUGCUUCUGACGCACUAAGCAAUCAUGGAGUUGAUGUCAUGCCAUACCUCAAGAAAGUGUGGUUAGAUUUAUGCAAAUCUUAUCUGCUCGAGUCAAACUGGUAUCACAGUGGUUACAGACCAACAAUGCAAGAAUAUAUCGAUAAUGCGUGGAUUUCAGUAGCAGGACCAAUUAUGUUAGUGCAUUCAUAUGUUUUUGUAUCACCUCAAAUAACAAAGGUUGAGUUAGAGAGAUUGACAGAAUAUCCCGACAUAAUUCGUUGGUCGUCAACAAUCAUGCGACUUGCAAAUGACCUCCUGACUCCGUUGAAGGAACAAAAUAUUGGUGAUGUUCCAAAAUCGAUUCAGUGUUAUGUGAAUGAGACAGAUGCUUCAGAGAGAAAUGCUCGAGAGUAUAUACGACAUUUAAUAGAUGAGUUAUGGAAGAAGUUAAAUGAAUUUGAAGAUGACAAACUUGUAUCCUCUCAAACAUUCAUGAAGAUGCCCAAAGAUCUUGCUCGAAUAGCUCAAUGUAUGUAUCAAUAUGAAGAUGGACAUAUCAUAAAUCACAACAAAACAAAGGAACGUAUAUUGUCUAUUCUAGUUCAGCCGGUUAUGAUUUGUAAUUAUAACCGACAAUAAGUUGAUUCGAAUAAAGAUUCUAUGAGUUAUAAGGUUUUAUUACUUAUUUUUCAAGUAAGGUAUGUAAACUUUAUUAUUAUUAUUAUUUUUUUUUUAGCCCA